UAAAAUUUGUAUAUUUUUUAAAAUCCAUGUGAUACUUCACUAAAAGAAGACCAACUACCGCUACUAAGGUCACAUGAUUUCCUGUCAACCGAGGAGGCGGAGGUCCAAGAUGUCUGCGUUCAUGGCCGCCAUUUUGUCUGCAGCUAGAUACUCUUGACUGAAUGCGCUGUGAUGACAUAAGUUAUCACAACGUGAAAUGCCACAAUUGGUCCAAAUCGCAAGCAGUCUGUUGAUUUGGCCAUUUCAUACGAAAAAGUUGCAGUAAUUUAGCGAAAUUGCAAACUCUCGCAAAUAUUGCGGAGAUUUCUUGAAUUUUCGUUGAUUAUUGCGACCGCAAAAAAAUCACAAUUUCCUGGGGGGAAAUGGUACACAACGAAAAAGCCUCUUAGUUGAACUGUAGCCAAUAGAUUUGACCCCGCCCACACAAGCCACCCUAGUAAGCAUUUCUAACGCACCUGUAUUACCGUAGUUUGGCACGCGCAUUUACGCUCGGUGCUGAGACCAAAUCCGCGCUCGUGCACGAAAUCCAUUUACACUCGGGCAGCAGAGAGGGCCGUGAUCGAGUCGCUCUGCUCCGGCAAUCAAACAAUCCGCUCGGUUAAAGCCUCGGACGGACGUGAGACGGCGCAGCGAGCAGCGGCGGAGCUCCGGUUAAACACUCUGACAGACCGGGACGGUUCGGAGAGGAAGGAUGGCGGAUUCGAGCAGCACCGCGGCGGUCGGGGCCGCAGGCUCCAACAGCGCUGCUGCUGCCGGGCCGACGGGCACCGCUGCGCACGAAGGAGCGCCCGGGGCUGCGGGAACCAAGACCGCGUCCGAGUCCGUGAAGGGCCAGAUCUUUGACGUGGGCCCCCGCUACACGAAUCUGUCCUACAUCGGGGAGGGGGCGUACGGGAUGGUGUGCUCUGCCCUGGACAACUUGACAAGCCAGCGCGUAGCCAUCAAGAAAAUCAGCCCGUUUGAGCAUCAGACGUACUGCCAGCGCACGCUGAGGGAAAUCAAGAUCCUGCUGCGUUUCCACCAUGAGAAUAUCAUCGGCAUCAACGACAUUCUCAGGGCACGGCACAUUGACAACAUGAGGGAUGUCUACAUCGUGCAGACUCUGAUGGAGACAGACCUGUACAAGCUGCUGAAGAGCCAGAGGCUGAGCAACGACCACGUCUGCUACUUCCUCUACCAGAUCCUGAGAGGCCUCAAGUACAUUCACUCGGCCAACGUGUUGCACCGUGACCUCAAGCCCUCCAACCUGCUCAUCAACACCACCUGCGACCUCAAGAUCUGUGACUUUGGUCUGGCACGGAUAGCCGACCCCGAGCACGACCACACAGGUUUCUUGACCGAGUAUGUGGCUACACGUUGGUACAGGGCUCCAGAAAUCAUGCUCAACUCAAAGGGCUACUCUAAGUCCAUCGACAUCUGGUCAGUGGGCUGUAUCCUGGCUGAGAUGUUGUCCAACAAGCCCAUCUUCCCUGGGAAACACUACUUGGAUCAGCUCAACCACAUACUGGGCGUCCUCGGCUCUCCAUCUCAAGAGGAUCUGAACUGCAUUAUCAACAUGAAGGCGAGGAACUACCUGCAGUCCCUGCCCGAAAAACCCAAGAUCCCCUGGGAGAAGCUCUUCUACAAGGCGGAUUCAAAAGCUCUGGACCUGCUUGGCCGCAUGUUGACCUUUAACCCCAUCAAGCGCAUCAGUGUUGAGGAGGCCCUGGCUCAUCCUUACCUGGAGCAGUAUUACGAUCCCACGGAUGAGCCGGUAGCAGAGGAGCCCUUCACUUUCUCCAUGGAACUGGACGACCUCCCCAAGGAGAAGCUGAAGGAACUGAUCUUUGAGGAAACGGCUCGUUUCGUGGAAAACUACCAAGGCUCCUGAGACACACAGCCCUAAAGAGUGACAAAGCCACCCAGAGGCUUGGAAGCAGAAGAACCCAAACGACAUGCUAAAACAAAAGAAAAAUGCAUCUUCAACAAACAAACCAACAAAAAGAGAAAAACAACACAAGAAAUAUGAACAUUUAACUGCUUAUCUUUCCAUUUCUACUGCAAGAGAGCUAAGUUUAACUUUGAUUUCUGUGGUUGGGUGGGGUGGUAGUGUCCGUCGUACUCAUACUGUUUCAGUUUUGUCCAUGUUGGACUCUUCACUCCUCUCAUUACACGUUUUGUUUUUCCUGUUUAAUGUUCCUCCUGCAGUAGCUCUCCUUCUCUCUCCUCUCCUGAUCAAACUCUUUUUUUCACCUCUCCUCCACCUGUUUGUCUCUCUUCUCUCAGUCGCUCCCUCAUAUAACUCAUACUACUGUAUUAACCAACACCAUAACUCUCCUGUCUUGCUCCAUGUAAAUUAGAACCUGAAAAAUCGAGGGCUAAAAGAACGGGGAUGCUAAUCAGGUGUGUGUAUGUACAUACAAAAAUAUAAAAGCUUUUUUUUUUUUCUUUUUUUUUUUCUUUUUACGUGUGCUUGUCGCAGUUUUCGUUUGUACACCGUUGUUUGAGUGUUUUUCGGAUCAGUUCAGAGUCGUAUUUGUAUGUUUUGGGGUUUAUAUUUGCAAGUCAUUUUUGAACACUUGAUUUUGAAACAAACAUUUAAUGUUUUUACUGGCAUGUUGGCAGGUUUAUAGAUUUCUUUGUUGUCGCUCUUUUUUUUUUUUUUUCUUUUCUAAAAAAAAAAAAAACAACUGUAUGAUGUUCAUAUGAAUGCAUGCAUUCCUGAAAUUAACCAAAGUGGCAGAGAGAUGCAAGGAACUUAUCUGGGAAGCAGCUAUGAAAUAUCUGUUUUUUUUGAAUUCUACGGUUUUUAAACACAUUUUUCUUGCUCUGCCUACAACUCGCAGACAAACUGUCGGUUAUAUUCAGGAGGCGCUACAUAAUUGGGACAAAUCAGAUCGAAACAAACACCUUUUAAAAUAUAGUUUCCCUGAUUCAAAUAUUACAACAGUGAUUCCUACAUAAGCCCCAUUUUCCAGAAUAUUCAAGUUGUGUUUUCUUACUACAGUCCUUCCUAACAUAACCCAGAUUUGCAGUAAAUUAGGAGACUUUAAAUAUCAAAGAUCAAUGAUUUAUAUUCAAGAUUGGAAGUUGAAGCAUCAGUAGAAACAGCACAAAUAUCAUGAGUAUAAAAAUAUGAGACACUGGUUCAAAAAACAACUGCACAUGUUUUGGCUCCUUUCCACAAAAUAUUAAGGUCAAAUAGCUGAUCCAGUGUCAGAAUGACAUUCCUGUCGUAAAUUACAUUCCUGUGUGUCUCCUAACAUCACCCUGAAGCCCCUUGAAUCCUAAAUUUCUCUCAAUCCUGCAUCUUCAGAUACAUUUCUAAGGAGCACAUCAUCUGGAAAAUGGGGCCUGGUUGACAGCAUCAACCUUGUCAUCCCACCACGCUGUUUUUGACAGCGUUCCUAUCUUCUACUGUUUUGCCCCAGUACGACUGCAUAAAGUCUAAAGUGUACACACGCUGGUGCUUAACUGGCAGCGAAAACUUAAAUCUAAAGAAACUUUUAAUAUUCAUGAAUUUGUAGUGGCCACUCUCGAAAGAAGAGCAAGUGCAAUUUUCCAACAAGUAUUUUCAGAGCAUGAUCUCUCAGUGAUCCUUUACAAGAACAGCGUCUCUUUUACAACUACUGAGAAAACCGUACAUGUUACAAACUCAUCAACAAAGAAAUAGUCCAACCACGGCCAAACAACCAUCAUCACUUCACGCUUGUGUAUAUAUCCGUUCGCCCCUCUCUGCUCGUUUUUCUUUUUUUUUUUGUGCCCCCUCGCCUCUGUGUUUUCCCGGCUACCUGUUAACAUGCUGGAUGUUAAUUCUUCAAUGUGGGUGAUAAAGUGCCGGGGUGAUGUGUUCACUGUAAGGAUAAGGAUCUUGUGAGGACGCCUGCCUGGCUAGCUGUGCUAAUAGUGGCAUGUGUAUUGUUCCUGUCUGUCUCUGUUCUCCUCUUCUCUUUUGCUCUGGAUGUGACUGUACUUAACUGCUGCUUGGUGGAGCGCCACCUGUGUGGGUCCAGCUCAGUCUGCACUAAUAUUUGCCUGUUACACUGGGACCAGUAUAAAUAAUGGACCAACACAUGCACUGGAUCCUCUCUCAGGGCAGGCCCGUGAUGCUGAAUAGACCCAGAUCUGGAGCGUUCAUUGGCUUCGCCCUCUCGCAGCAAAAUUUUUUUUUUUUUUUUUAUUUUUUUUAAACGUCACAGGCUGUUUUUCUCAGAAGCCAUAUAGCCAGCACUCGGCGUGUGAGGCUUUUUGGUGCAUGUGGUGAAAUUCACUGUUUUGUUCACCUUCCCAACACUCACCACGCUUUACUCAAAGGGCUGUCUCCUCACCCUCUUCCUCCUCCCUCUUUCUGUUCUUCGACGAAGCAGACUUUCUAACCCAUCAUCACUGACUUUUUGCUGCCGCUUUCCUCCGCCCUCCUCAGAAAAAUCUACGUCGCAGGUGGCCGUACGAGCAGGAAAACUCGCUCCAAUCACAUGUCUCAAUCAGCACGCCUGCACUUUGUCUUUCCAGCCACGCUCGCUCCCCGUCGAGGUUGUUUUUGUUUGUUUGUCGGUUGGGUCGGUCUUUCCCUCCCUGUCUCUGCUCGCUCAGCUUUAAGUUUCACCUGCUGCGUGUGUGCUUUUUGUUUGUUUGUUUGUUUUUUUUGAUUGUCUGCAGUAAUUUAUGUCUGUGUACAAGUGUUUGUGUAUCAGUAACAUAAAGCCAAGACUCUUUUUCUCCUGUAUGUGUGUGUGUGUGUGUAUUUUGGAAGUGUGUACUGUUUCUUCACAGCUUGGGCACUCUCCCUACAGUUACCUGCGCUUUUACACCUGUGGGACUGUGUUUUUGUUUUUGUUUGUUUUUUUUCUUUCUUUUUGACCAACACAAAAACAGUCAGACAGAUAUUUUGUAUGCAUUUCAUAUGUAUAUUUGGCCACCUGUCAGCCGGGCCCUGCUUGUUUUUUUUGUUGUUGUUCCCCCCCCUGCCA